UUAGAUUUGAAUCAUAGUUGAAUCAAUACUGAUGGGGUCUAAGAAGCUUGUUAUUAAGUGUAGGAACUUUGCUGUAUUAGUAGAUCUUCAUAUUUUGCCUCAAGGCUCAAGAAAAGACCUCAGCUGGUUUUCAGAACAGAAGAAAAAGGAUAUCUGUAUGUUACUUAAAGAAACUAUUGAUUCAAGAGUAAAGGAUUACUUAGAGUCUCCUAAACAGCAUGACCUGUCAAAAAAUGCAGAAUUCACACUAUAUAAUCCAUUAUCCUUAAAAGGAUAUGGGCUUCACGUAACAGCCUAUUUCAUCAAAAGAAGGAUUCACCUUCGUUGUAUUGUAGGGAAGCCAAAUUGUGAACUACAUGUAUUCCCAGAUCAAUUUGUGGUAUAUGUAAAUCAUCUUGAAUAAACUCACCAUCUUUUGGCAAGUCAAAAUGAAGCACUGGGGAUGGCUGUCUGGAAAGAAGGCAUGCAGUGGAAAAUGAGUUGAGAUGUGAAAAUAGCUGUCAGAGUUUUGCAAAUUUAUCACACAUCUCUAUGGUGCUGAAGACUUACUGCUUCUGCCGAAUCCUUUUUUUUAAUAUCAUCGAAGGAGAAGGAUGACUGGGACAUCUCCGGACAAGUCGUCUUGAAAACCAAGUCUACACAUAAGUUAAAACCUUGGAUAUCUGGUUCAAACUAGUUGCAUUUUACUCAUCAAACUGUAUACCAGAAUGACAGAAUUUGAGAGUUGGAAGGGACUGCAGGGCCAUCUAGAACCACCUACACUCAGAAGGAAUCCACGUUGUAACACACCCAGCAAAUGGUCAUCCAGCCUCCAAGGAAGGGAAAACCACAGGCUCUCUAGGCAGCCCAUUUUACUUUUGGAUGAUUUCAUUGUCAGGAAGUUGAUCCUUACAUCCAGCCCAAACUGGCUUCUUAACAGCUUCCACCUACAGCUGCUGGUUCUGCUUUCUGGAGCCAAAUAGGACACACCUAAUCACCCUCCAUGUGACAGCGCUUCAAUUGAAGGCAGCUAUUGUGUCUCCCUGGAGACAUGGCUUCUCUUCUUAUGACUAAAUAUACCUAAUUCUCUCAGUCAGCCUCAUAAAGGCCCCUUCCCAUCCUGUUUGACCUAUCCUGGACACCAUCCCUCUUUUUAAUGUCUUUCCUAAAACAAGGUGCCCAGUUUAGUUUUCUGAUACCAUGAGGAACUUCAAUGAAAACGGUAUUACUAUCAGUUAUACUUGGACAUGAUCUCUUUCUCACACACAUAUGUUCUUGACUAUUUUCUGUUAAAAGUAUAAAAACAUGGCCAUUUUGCUUGUGUUUUAGCUGAUAUGCUUUCAGGACUUUAUAUACUUUUUUGUUGUUAUUCUUUCCUUGUUUGGUUUUUAUAAAUAACCAUCAAAUGCUCUGUCUGUGUUUGAAACCUCAGGUACAGUACCAACAUUGUUGUUUGGUAUUAAGUUAGGCACAUUUAUUAGACUAGUCCAGUAUUAUUUAGUCUACAGUUUCUACUACAAUAGAUAGAG